CUAACCAUAGGGCACAAAACACAUUCCAAUGGCGCCAUCUAAUACUAAAAGGAGAAACCUAUUAAAUGUGGAUAUAGAGAAAUCUGUGAAUUCUUAACCUCAAAAUUCAAACUUACAAAAUAAAAAGAAAUAAACCGUAGGCAGAGACCGUAAGUUAUUUUCUAUGAAAUAAACAUCUUGAAGGACUUGAAGUUAAAGAUGCAAUUUAGCAAAUUAUCCAUUAUCAAGGGUUUACUACAAAUUUCCCAAUUAAGAAGAAUCAAUGUACGAAAUUUAGGAUUAAUUCCGAUAGUAAUAGAGCAAACAGGACGAGGAGAACGUUCUUAUGAUAUUUAUUCUCGACUUCUUAAAGAGCGAAUAAUAUGCCUGAUGGGACCGAUUCACGAUACAAUGAGUUCCUUAAUAGUUGCACAGCUUCUCUUUUUACAGUCAGAGUCUACUAGCAAACCAAUACAUAUGUAUAUUAAUUCACCUGGUGGAAGUGUUACAGCUGGAUUAGGGAUAUAUGAUACUAUGCAAUAUUGUAUGCCACCUAUUGCUACCUGGUGUGUCGGUCAAGCUUGUAGUAUGGCCUCCUUGCUUUUAGCAGCCGGCACCCCAGGAAUGAGGCAUUCCUUACCAAACGCUAGAAUAAUGAUUCACCAACCGUCUGGUGGGGCACAGGGCCAAGCAACUGAUAUACAAAUUCAAGCAGAAGAAAUUGUCAAACUGAAGAAGCAAAUUAAUCUUCUUUAUGUGAAACACACAAGCUUGGACUUGGAAGUAAUUGAGAGAAGCAUGGAGAGGGAUAAGUUUAUGAGUCCAGUUGAAGCUAAAGAUUUUGGAUUAAUUGAUAAAGUUUUAAUCAGACCUGCUAAAGAUGAAAAUGGAAAAAGCGCCAGUUCUGAAAAAGAUGAGAAUUCUGACCAAGCUCAUGAAAUUGCACAUAGUUAAUAUAUUAUCAAAUUUUGUAUUGUACUGAUAAUUUAAGAAAUUUGUUAGAUAGGAACAGAAGAAUUUAGUUAACUUAUUUGAUAUUUUUGUGAAAUAAUUGUUUUAUAAAUAUCUGAUAUGUUUUGAAAUAAAACAUUGUUAAAAUUGUU